AUGAAUUCCAUCGUGUACAUCUUUUGUUGCUCAUUUUCCCUCGUCAAUAUAAUCCAUGUAACACCAGGAUCACUGGGACCCGUCACAUCUCCAUUACAAAGAAGUCGUGUUGUAGCCUUCGAUAUUGAUCAUACUCUUUGUGAAGGUUAUUUAACGGAGGACGAAUUGAAAAUCGUCAGGAAAAACCACCCGGAAUGCCCAAUUCUUUUCUGGACGGAAUAUAUUAGUUCCACGUACAAUAAAACAUAUGAGAAAAGAAAUCUAUGUAUUAUCGCUGAACUGCUCACAUCCUUCUGGGGAGCGGUGAAAUUCGAAGCAUUGAAAUCCAAAGGACAAUUCGACAUUCUCUCCAAGGAAAAUAUGCGCGCGGGAAAUGAGACUUUCCGUUCGGGUGAAGGAAUCUACGUGAAAGACCUGAAAGCAGUUAUUCGAGAAGGCGAAACAUUGUCGGAUGUAAUCUUGGUGGAAGAUGAUCCCACAUAUGUCGCUUAUGAUCAAAAACCGUUUUUGAAAAUUUAUGAUUUAUUAUCGCUUACCCACAAGCUUGAAGUAAACCAUACAGAAAAAGCGAAGGAUGAACAUCCUAUCUCGUAUUGGGAAAGAAAAUCUCCACAUUUUGUAUUGAAUAGUGGUUACUUCAUGAUCGGCGUAUUCAAGACAUAUUUCGAGAAUGAAAAGUAUAAAAUAUUACCUUUUAGAGAAGCCUUAAAUGUAAUUCUCCCUGAAAAAAAUUACGGGGAAGAUUUCUUUCAAAAGCAUUUGUUCGCCUACGAUAUGUUUGAUUUAGGAUUAUCAGAAGUGCAGAAACGAGUACCUAAUGCCUCGUUUUAUGGAUUGAGACAUCCGUAUGUGGGCUCCUAUGAUAGUCGAUUUUGAUGACAAUGACAAAAAUUAGGUGUUUUUAAAUCCUGCGCAUUAAUUAUCCAUUGGUAUCGUUGAAAAUGUUUUGUAAGGUAGUAAAUUUUAUGCUUUCAAUAGCUAAAUACAUAUGUAAUGUAGUGCUCAAUAAAUUAGUAUUCAAGUAUUGCAUCAAGUAAUUUCCAC